AUGAAAGCUGAAAUUGAACAAGAGCUCUCUCACGUCCUUUUGACAGAGCUUCUCGCUUACCAGUUUGCCUCGCCUGUGCGCUGGAUCGAGACCCAGGAUGUCUUCUUGAAAGACCAUAAUACUGAAAGAGUUGUGGAAAUUGGUCCCUCUCCUACCUUGGCUGGAAUGGCCUCCAGAACUAUCAAGGCUAAAUACGAAUCCUACGAUGCUGCUCUUUCUUUGCAACGUCAGGUCUUGUGUUACGCUAAGGACCCUAAGGAGAUUUACUAUACCCCUGACCCACCAGCUGAGGUUGAGGAGCCAAAGGCUGAGGCUUCUGAGACCCCUGCUCCAGCUGCUGCCGCCGCUGCUGCUCCAGUGGCCGCUGCUCCAGUGGCCGCUCCAGCUCCUUCUGGCCCUGUUGAGUCCAUUCCAGAUGAGCCAGUGAAGGCCUCGCUUCUUCUCCAUGUUUUGGUUGCACAGAAACUUAAGAAACCGCUUGACGCUGUGCCUAUGAGCAAGCCAAUUAAAGAUCUUGUUAACGGUAAAUCCACAGUUCAGAAUGAAAUUUUGGGUGAUUUGGGUAAAGAGUUCGGUUCCACCCCAGAUAAGCCUGAAGACACUCCCUUGGAGGAGUUGGCAGAACAGUUCCAGGACACCUUCUCUGGUGCUUUGGGUAAGACCUCCACAUCGCUUAUUGGCCGUUUGAUGAGUUCCAAGAUGCCUGGUGGUUUCUCUAUCACUGCUGCCAGAAAGUACUUGGAGUCCCGCUACGGCUUGGGCGCUGGCAGACAAGACUCUGUGCUUUUAAUGUGUUUGGUCAACGAACCUGCUGCUCGUUUGAGUGCUGAUAACGAGGCCAAGGAAUUCUUGGACCAGGUUGCUCAGAAAUACGCUACUCGUGCCAGUAUUUCUCUUUCUUCUGGCUCCUCUGGUGGCUCUGGUGCUGCUGCUGGCGGUGCUGUUAUUGACAGUGCUGCUUUGGACGCCAUGUCUGCUGAGAACAAGACUUUGGCUAAACAACAACUCGAAGUUUUGGCUCGUUACUUGCAAGUCGACUUGAACAAGGGUGCCAAGUCAUUUAUUAAAGAAAAGGAAGCCGGUAUCCUUUUACAGAAGGAGCUCGACCUUUGGGAGGCCGAACAUGGCGAAUACUACGCCAAGGGUAUCCAGCCAAUCUUCUCCAACUUGAAGGCUAGAACCUACGACUCCUACUGGAACUGGGCAAGACAGGAUGUGUUGCUGAUGUGGUUUGACAUUAUCUUCGGCAAAUUGACUUCUGUUGACAGAGAGACCAUCAGCCAAUGUAUCCAGAUCAUGAACAGAGCUUCUACUACCUUGAUCAAGUUCAUGCAAUACCACAUUGACCACACUCCAGAGUACAAGGGUGAGACCUACCAGCUUGCUAAGAAGCUUGGUCAGCAAUUGGUUGACAACUGUAAGCAGGUUUUGGAUGUUGACCCAGUCUACAAGGACGUUUCCAGAAUCACUGGUCCUAAGACUACCGUCGAUGCCAAGGGUAAGAUCGUCUACAAUGAGGUGAACAAGGAAUCUGUUCGUAAGUUCGAGCAGUACGUCUACGAGAUGGCCCAGGGCGGUAAGUUGACCAAGAGAGAUGCUCAACCAACCAUUCAGGAAGACUUGGCUCGUGUCUACAAGGCCAUGACCAAGCAGGCUUCUGUGUCUAAGACCACCAAGCUUGAGCUCGAGAAGUUGUACAAGCAAUUGACUGAUUUCAUGGACCAGUCUCAGGAGAUUGAGACCGCUCAGGUGACCAAGGAUGCUUUGAGUAGCCGUCGUUCUGGCACUGAAAGCCCUACUGAUGAAGAUGAGACUGCUUCCAGCGAUGACGAGAUUGCAUCUUUGCCAGACAAGACUUCUAUCUUGCAGCCAACCAUUCCAUUCUUGCACUUGCAGAGAAAGACCAAGCAAGGCUGGGAGUACGACCCUAAAUUGUCUUCCAUGUACUUGGACGGUUUGGAGAGCGGUGCCGUCAACGGGUUGUCUUUCAAGGACAGAUACGUCUUGGUUACUGGUGCUGGUGCUGGCUCUAUUGGUGCUGAGAUCUUGCAAGGUUUGAUUUCUGGUGGUGCCAAGGUUGUGGUCACUACUUCCAGAUUCUCCAAGAAGGUUACCGAAUACUACCAGGCUAUGUACUCCAGGUACGGUGCUUCUGGCUCCACCUUGAUUGUUGUUCCUUUCAACCAAGGUUCCAAGCAGGAUGUCGACGCUCUUGUUGACUACAUCUACGAUCCUAAGAACGGUUUGGGCUGGGAUUUGGACGCCAUCAUUCCAUUCGCUGCUAUUCCAGAGAACGGUAACGGCUUGGACAACAUCGACUCCAAGUCUGAGUUGGCCCACAGAAUCAUGUUGACCAACUUGUUGCGUCUUUUGGGUGCCGUCAAGGCCAAGAAAACCACCGACACUCGUCCAGCCCAGGUUGUGUUGCCAUUGUCUCCAAACCACGGUACUUUCGGUUUCGACGGUCUCUACUCCGAGUCCAAGAUCUCCUUGGAGACCUUGUUCAAUAGAUGGUACUCUGAAGACUGGGCUACCAAGCUCACCAUCUGUGGUGCCAUUAUUGGUUGGACCAGAGGAACUGGUCUUAUGAGCGCCAACAACAUCAUUGCCGAGGGUAUUGAGAAGAUGGGUGUCAGAACUUUCUCCCAGAAGGAGAUGGCUUUCAACAUCUUGGGUUUGUUGACUCCUAAGGUCGUUAACUUGUGUCAGGAACAGCCUGUCAUGGCUGACUUGAACGGUGGUUUGCAGUUCAUUGACAACUUGAAGGAGUUCACCUCUAAGUUGAGAACUGACUUGGUCGAGAACGCUGAUGUCCGCAGAGCAGUUUCUAUUGAGCAGGCUAUUGAGCAGAAGGUUGUUCACGGUGAUGCUGUUGAUGCCAACUACUCCAAGGUUACUGUCCAGCCUCGUGCCAACAUGACCUUCAGCUUCCCAGAUAUGAAGAGCCACGAGGAGAUCAAGCAGGUCGCUCCUGAGUUGGAAGGUAUGUUGGACUUGGAGCUGUUGAUUGUGGUUACUGGUUUCGCUGAAGUCGGUCCAUGGGGUAACUCCAGAACCCGUUGGGAGAUGGAGGCUCAUGGUGAAUUCUCUUUGGAAGGUUGUAUUGAGAUGGCCUGGAUCAUGGGCUUGAUCAAAUACCACAAUGGUCCUCUUAAGGGUAAGCCCUACGCUGGUUGGGUUGACGCUAAGUCUCAGCAGCCUGUUGAUGACAAGGACGUCAAGUCUAAGUACGAGGAGCAGAUCCUUGAACACUCUGGUAUCCGUCUCAUUGAGCCUGAGUUGUUCUCUGGUUACGAUCCUGAGAAGAAGCAGAUGAUCCAGGAGAUUGUUGUCCAGCACGACUUGGAGCCAUUCGAGGCUUCUAAGGAAACCGCUGAACAGUACAAGCAUCUGCAUGGCGACAAGUGUGAGAUCUUCGAGAUCGAGGACUCUGGUGAGUACACCGUCAAGAUCUUGUCUGGUGCUACCUUGUACGUUCCUAAGGCUCUCAGAUUCGAUCGUUUGGUUGCUGGUCAGAUUCCUACCGGUUGGGAUGCCAGAAACUACGGUAUUCCUGAGGACACUAUCUCCCAGGUCGACCCUAUUACCUUGUACGUGCUUGUUUCUACUGUUGAGGCUCUUUUGUCUGCUGGUAUUACCGACCCAUACGAGUUCUACAAGUAUGUGCACGUUUCUGAAGUUGGUAACUGUUCUGGUUCUGGUAUGGGUGGUGUCUCUGCUCUUAGAGGCAUGUUCAAGGAGCGUUUCAUUGACACUCCAGUGCAAAACGAUAUCUUGCAAGAGUCUUUCAUCAACACCAUGUCUGCUUGGGUUAACAUGUUGUUGCUCUCUUCUUCUGGUCCUAUCAAGACUCCUGUCGGUGCCUGUGCUACCGCUGUUGAGUCCGUCGACACUGGUAUCGAGACUAUCCAGUCUGGUAAGGCCAAGGUUUGUAUCGUCGGUGGUUACGAUGACUUCCAGGAGGAAGGUUCUUAUGAGUUCGCCAACAUGAACGCUACUUCCAACGCUGUUGACGAGUUUGCACACGGCAGAACUCCUUCCGAGAUGUCUAGACCAGCUACCACCACCAGAAACGGUUUCAUGGAAGCCCAGGGUUCUGGUAUCCAGGUUAUUAUGACUGCCGACUUGGCUAUCAAGAUGGGUGUUCCUAUCUACGCUGUCUUGGCCAUGACUGCUACUGCCACUGAUAAGAUUGGUCGUUCUGUUCCUGCUCCAGGUAAGGGUAUUUUGACCACUGCCAGAGAGCACCACGGUUCCUUGAAGUACCCACUGGCCAUGAUGAACAUCAAGUACAGAAACAGACAGUUGAAGCAGAGAUUGUCCCAGAUUGCAUCUUGGGAAGAGUCUGAGAUUGACUUCUUGGGCGACGAGGCUGAAUUGGCCAGAGAAGAGUUUGGUUCUGACUUCUCCAUCGACGACUUCACCAGAGAGAGAGCCGAGGAGAUCCGCAGAGAAGCUAGCAGACAAGUUGCUGACGCUAAGAAGCAAUGGGGUAACAACUUCUACAAGGCUGACCCUAGAAUUGCUCCAUUGAGAGGAGCCUUGGCCACUUUCGGUUUGACCAUUGACGACUUGGGUGUUGCUUCCUUCCACGGUACUUCCACCAAGGCCAACGACAAGAAUGAGAGUGCUACUAUCAACGAGAUGAUGAGACACUUGGGCAGAGCUGAAGGUAACCCAGUGUUUGGUGUUUUCCAGAAGUACUUGACUGGUCACCCUAAGGGUGCUGCUGGUGCCUGGAUGUUGAACGGUGCUAUCCAGAUCUUGAACUCUGGUAUUGUUCCAGGUAACAGAAACGCUGACAAUGUUGAUAAGUUGUUGGAAGACUACGAGUACGUCUUGUACCCACUGAGAUCCAUCCAGACUGACGGUAUCAAGGCUGUCUCUGUCACUUCUUUCGGUUUCGGUCAGAAGGGUGCCCAGGCCAUUGUUGUCCACCCAGACUACUUGUACGCCGUGUUGGACAAGAACACCUACAACGACUACGCUUCCAGAGUCACUGCCAGAAACAAGAGAGCCUACCGUUACAUGCACAAUGCCAUCACCAGAAACUCCAUGUUCAAGGCUAAGGAUAAGGCUCCAUACGGUGACGACUUGGAGCAGCCAGUCUACUUGGACCCAUUGGCUAGAGUUGAGGAAAGCAAGACUGGUCUUGUCUUCUCUAAGAAGAGCAUUCAGGCUGAGAAGGCUUACGUUUCUGCCAACUCUGAAUCUACUGCCAAAGCAUUGGCCUCUUUGAACAACGGCGCCAAGGGUGUUGGUGUGGAUGUCGAGUUGCUUUCUGAGUUGAACUUGGAGAAUGAUACUUUCGUCGAGAGAAACUUCACCGAGCUGGAGAUUGCCUACGCUAAUAAGGCUUCCAACCCACAAGCUACCUUCACCGGUACUUGGUCUGCCAAGGAGGCCGUUUUCAAGGCUUUGGGUACCAAGUCCCAGGGAGCUGGUGCUGCUUUGAAGGACAUUGAGAUUGUCAGAGACUCCAACGGUGCUCCUAAGGUUGUUUUGUCUGGAGAAGCCAAGAAGGCUGCCUCUGCUGCUGGUGUCAAGAACGUCAACGUCUCGAUCUCCCACGACGAUUUCCAGGCCACCGCUGUCGCCUUGAGUGAAUUUUAA